AUGGCCUCUAUCAACGGUACUCUUGUGGCCAUGGCGCCGCCAGAGGGCUAUGUUGUCGAUCUUGCAAACCCACAAAGGAUUCUGACGCCUACGGCGUACUGGGUCUACUGCAUUGGGAUGUUUCUGGCGUUUUUGUUUCUUCUUCAGCGCCUCUAUACCAAGAUCUUCUUAAUGAAAAUGUUCAAUGCCGAUGAUUAUUGUCUAGUUGGAUCCUGGAUCUUCUCUCUGGCAACACAAAUCCCUGAGGUGUACGAGUGGUCACAAGGAAAUCUCGGAAUUCACCUUUGGGAGCUGCCUGUACCACGCUUCGAGCGGUUCCUGUUCCUCAUCUACCUCGCGCCCAUCUUAUACGCGCCCUGUCAAAUCCUGGCCAAAGUGUCGCUGCUCAUCUUCUACCACCGCCUAUCGCCAGUCCGCAGCUUCAAGCAUGCCGUCAACUUUACCAUUUUCGUCGUCGUCGUUUACAACACCGCCAUCAUGUUUGCGCUCAUCUUUUCGUGCUGGCCCGUGCAAAAGAACUUUGACCUGAGCAUACCCCAGAACGUGGGCGAGUGCAACGUCAACCUGACCCAGGUCUACAUCGCCACAUGCAUUAUGGGUAUAAUCACCGACCUGAUGGUUCUGGUGCUGCCGCUACCGACCGUCUUGAGGCUUCAGGUGUCCCGGGCACAGAAGAUUGGCCUUUUGUUCAUUUUCAGCAUUGGUUCUGCAACAUUCGUAACGUCGAUUGUUCGCCUUUUUCUCCUCAUCAAAACUCUGGGCCAGACCGAUGCCACCUGGGUUUUUGCUGACGCAACAAUGUGGGUCGGCAUCGAGGCCAACCUCUUCAUCAUGUGCGGCUCACUCCCGACCCUCCGCAAGUUCGCCAAGCACGUCGGCCCUGCCAUCUUUGGCGAGUCGUUCGCCGCCAUGUUCUCGUCGCGCCGCGGCGGCCGCACCGGCGCCAGCAAGGGUAACACGGGCAACUCAUACCCGCUCAAGGUCUCGACGGGCGCCAACAGCCGGCUGUCGAUGACGGGCAAGAACGGCUUCAGCCGCCUCGACGAGAGCGGCGACGCCAAGAUCUCGUCCUCGGGCAGGUACGGCGUCGAGACCAGCGUCCAUACGACGGACCUGGAGAACGGGGGUGCCUCGUCCGCCAACAGCUCCGCCGGCCUUGGCCUCGCUGUAUCGACCGAUUCGGGUCAUGUCCGUUCUGCGCCGGGAAGUAUCGUGCAGACCAGGGAGACCAUUAUACAGUAUGAGCGUCGUUGA